AGCUGGCAAAGGCUAAGCAGCUGGCAAAGGCUAAGCAGCUGGCGAAGGCUCAGCAGCUGGCGGAGGCUCAGCAGAUGGAUCCAGCGGAGGCCUCCGACACAGCCGCAAAUGACGAGGCGAUACAAGCUUGCAGGUUCGAUCUCCUCGAAAAGAUUACCGACUGGGAAGGAAUCUUUGACAGACUUCCAGCGCCCGUUGGUCUCAAGAAAGGUCGCGACCUGGUCAAAUCGUCGGGCGGUUUCUCGGGUAUCACCAAAGAGGUUCCUGCUUACCCGGGCGGCAAUCAGCUGGAAUGUCUAGAACUGGGUGUUCUGGUGAUGCAGGGGCCCGUAGGAGAUGCGACCUCGCGCCUUUCGCUCGUCCAAACUAUCGAUGUCUGCACCGAUUACAAUCUCAGUUUGCAGGUGUCCUCCUGCUUUGCCACACAUUUCCGCGAUAUCAAUACUGGCAAUCUGCGAUACCAAUUGGUGGAAGGACGUACACGAGGCGUGUUGAUCGAUUUUGGCGGUGCGACGGUCGCCGGGAAACACCGCAAGCAGUCUGCAAGUGUAGACGAGAUGAUUGCGUUUUGCAAGGACGACGCCCUCUCUGCCAAUCUAUACUUUGUCAGUACCGUUGCGCUGGCGAAUAAACAGAUAGCCGAAGAAUACGAGGUCGCUCGUGCGCAAUUAGCGACAGCCAAAGAAACAUCUGGAGACGGAAAUUCGAUGAACCUCGUCACUGCCCAGCGGAAAUUUGACAAGGCACAAAACAUCUUCGAUCAGAUCGUUCGCCAUCGUUACAUCGAUGAUAUGGAAUCCAUGAUCUACUACAUGAUCUACAAUGGACUGGUCGACAUCGGCGAGAAAAUCAAAGCCGAGCAGCUCGCGGAUCCGAAAGAGAAAGCUACCGCAUGGAACAAAAAGUUCGAGGAGGUCUUCAAGAAUCUGAAAGAACUCCCUAGAAUUUGGAAAAAGAUGAUCACCGAUCUGAUCACGGCCGUACAAGGUUGCCGGCUCGGCUUAGAAGAGCUCAAGCGCCUCAACCCGCAGCAACCCGACCCCGACCCAGUGGAAUUUACGGACGCGGAGUUCGACUGUUUCGUGAGGUGCCAUCAAAUCAAAGUCAAGGCCAAAGAAGAUCUUCUGAAGCGAGAAGUAAAAAAAGCCGCCAAGGUCGAGCGAGACGCCCAAGGGGUUUCGAGGCAGACGAAGAAGGUCAAGCGUUCCACGGCCUGCUGAUGGACAUCUCGGUCAAUCAUCGGAAGCAUUUUCGCUCGACGGUGCCGUGUCAUCAGGCGAUCGUGCAUUUUGUUACUGUUUUUAACGAUCAUGUUUCUCUUUCUGCUUUUGUAAUGUUGUAACCACAGCGGGGCAAGGGGGGCCGGUAAAAGGCAGUUAUGUGCGCGUGUAACUGCCCAAUCCUAACUGCCUCUUAGCGUACCCCAAGCAGGCCCUCAAUUAACGGGCGCGUCACAGCUCGCUAGCGCCCGACGCGCUUUUACGUCUCUUGACGCGACGCGCUUAUCGCGUUCUAGCACCUACACCCUCGCGUCUCGAGAAGCAUGUAAUAAACUUACUACUAACUACUACUACGAUAGGG